UCUGGUGAAGAUGCUCAGACUCUGCCGGAGGGGCAGCUGCUGCACACACUGGGCCUCUCUAUGGGAAUUGUGGGAAGUUAGUAAAGCAAUGCAGUUCAUUCUGACUCAGUAGAGGUCAGAUCACACGUCCAGCGUCUCACACUGUAGGAGUUUGACUGCGACUGAGAGAGCGUUAAUUAAUUAAUUAAUCAAUCAGUCAGACGUGGAGCGCAGGAUGAUUGCGCUGCUCUUCACCCUCUGCGCUCUCCUCCACUCCGCGUGGGGCGAGUGUGAGACAGGGUGGAGGCCGUAUCAGGACCGCUGUUAUUUCUUCUCCAGCAGCACUAAGACGUGGCACGACGCUCUGGCCGACUGUCAGAGUAAACACAGCAACCUGAUGAGCAUCAGUGACAUUCACGAGAGGCUGUGGGUCAGGACACAGAUCGGCUCCACCAUCUACUGGAUCGGCCUGAAUGACAUCGUGUCUGAGGGGAACUGGGAGUGGAGCGACGGGAGUGUUUACUACCCCUACCUGGCGUACUGGAGGGAAGGACAGCCGGACAACUAUAACGAUAACGAGGACUGCGGUCAGGUGGACGGGAACAGUAACGGCCAGUGGAACGACGAGCACUGUACAGCCCUGCGGCCGUACAUCUGCAAACGGGACAACCCGAACCCCACCAUCCUGUGCGACACGGCGAACGGCUGGGAGCAGUACGGCUCUAACUGCUAUAAGCUGAACUCUCACCUGACGAAGAGCUGGAUCGCCGCCCGCACCGACUGUGUGAGGGACGGAGCGGAUUUGGUGUCCAUCGAGUCGGCGGAGGAGGAGCAGUACAUCACCAGCCGCCUGGACCCGUCCCGCUUCGACCUGUGGAUCGGCUACUCCACCCUGAAAUGCACAACGUUGUCCUGUGAAGUCCUGCCAAACAGCACCACCUUCACCUGGUCAGACGCCUCCACCUCCUCCUACACAAACUGGCCCAGUGGACAGCCUGACCUCACAGAUAAGCAGAGUGGUGUGUGCACUGCUGUGAUCAAGGAUGCAGGAGAGGAUUAUGGGAAAUGGAGGACCCAUGUGUGUCGCUACGAACGGCCCUACAUAUGCAAGAGGGCUCUGAACACUAUUUGUCCUCUGGGGUGGCUGAGCUUCGGUGGAAGCUGCUAUUUGGUGGUCAGUAACAGCCACCUGCUGACCAGCUGGCACCAGGCCCUGACCAGAUGCACCGAUAUGGGUGCCAACCUGGUGACCAUCAAAAGUGAGGAUGAGCAAUACUUCAUCAACGCUCAGCUCCCUGACCUCCACCAGGUGGACAUACCUGAUGUGUGGAUUGGAGUUUCAGAUAAGGACCAGGAUGGCACCUUUAAAUGGGUGGAUAAGACCGACAUUCAGUUCUCCAACUGGAACUCUGGCUUCCCAAAAAACACAGACACAUACUGGGACUGUGGACAGAUCUACACCGGAAACUACGCUGGAAAGUGGGAGACGACCAACUGCUUCAAGAACCUGGCCUACAUCUGUAAGAUGGUCGGGGGUCAGAAUGUUAAGCCCACCGCUGCACCAGACUCUCACUGUGAUGAAGGCUACCUGCUGUACGGCGAUUACUGCUACCACUUUGAGUCUGAAACGGUCAAAAAGUGGCAGGACGCUGAAAGCUACUGUGUGACUCAGGGUGGACACCUGGUCAGCAUCCACAACGAAGAGACGGUCAGCUUCCUAACAGCUCACAUGUCCAGGUCCUCCUGGGUGGGUCUGAAUGACAUUGAAACAGAGGGAACCUUUAAGUGGACAGACGGAACGUCUGCUGACUUUUUGCCGUGGGAGACCGGUCAGCCGGACAACUGGCAGGGGGACGAGGACUGUGUGCACAUCCGGGGGACGGAGCACCAUGACACGGGAAAACUGAACGAUCUUCCCUGCAGCUCCACGUACCCCUUCAUCUGCCAGAAAGCUAAAGGACAGGGUCCUCCACCAGUUCCUCCAACAUCUGGACCAGGCUGGAAUGAGAAGUGUGGUUCGUGGGUUGCGGACCCCUUUAACGACUUCUGUUACCUCUUUAACUAUCUGUCGCUGCGUAAGUGGGCGGAGGCCCGAGCGGACUGUGUGAAUCAGGGUGGAGAUCUGCUGAGCAUCACAGAGCCGUUCGAGCAGGGCUUCAUCCAGGCUCAAAUCCAGUCGAUCCCCACCGGCGUGUCUCUGUGGAUGGGAGGCCAUGACUCGGUCACUGAGGGCGGCUGGGAGUGGACAGAUAGAUCACCCUUCCGCUUCAUCAACUGGGCUUCAGGUAAUCCUGAUGAUUAUUACGGUGAAGACUGUCUCACCAUUUACAUCAACAACGGCUACUGGAACGACGACAACUGUGACUAUGAUCGGGGCUACAUCUGCAAACGCCGAGGAAACACUCCAGAACCUCCACCACCUCAUGAUGGCUUUCUAACAGCGUAUACGUGUGAGGGCUCCAAUAUGGUCCUGCACUGCCCCACCAACAGCGUCAUCAACAUCCAGUCUGCUUUCUUCGGCCGCAACAGUGAUAAAAUCUGCCCAUAUGAGCACGGAUCUCUGGAUUCCUGCACUGUCCCAGGUAUCCUAGAGAAGGUCAGGAAGGCGUGUGACAACCGUGGCUUCUGUUUCGUCUUCGCCUACACGGAGACGGACCCCUGCCCCACCGUCUCUAAGUACAUGGAGGUGGUCUACAGCUGUGAGCAGGACGUGUGUGUAAGGGGUCUCGGGGUGGAGGACAGGAACAUCACAGACUCCAUGAUCUCUGCCUCCUCCUCCAUCAGCGGACAAGAGCCCACCAGAGCUCGUCUCAAUGGAGAUUCCUGCUGGAUGCCCGCCAGCCCAGCCAGUAACUCGUGGAUCCAAGUGAGCCUUCCUGAGUCCAAGAAGAUCACAGGAGUGGUGAUCCAGGGCUGCCCCACUGCUGACCACUGGGUGACCAAGUUUAAAGUCCAGACCAGUUUGGACGGCGUCUCGUGGACAGAUUACACCGCUGAAGGAAAGGUGGAGGAGUUCCUGGGCUCAGUGGACAGAGGGACUCCUGAGACUCAGCUGCUGGGGACGCCCGUGUCCGUCAAACACAUCCGGAUCCUUCCACUGGAGUGGUUCAAUGAGGCCGGCCUGCGCUUCGAAAUCCUGGGCUGCGAGCCGGACUAUGCCAUUACGUGCAGUCAAACCCCCAGUCUGGACCACUCUGUAGAUAAAAUGACAGUCCACUGUCCUGCUGGUUGUGUGUCUGAGUCCUACAGCGUGUACGGAACCCUGACCUACCGCGGCGACUCCAACAUCUGUGCAGCUGCGAUUCAUGCGGGCGUCGUCCUGAACGAGCUGGGCGGAGACUGCACAGUGCUCAAAGCUCCGGGGCAGAACUUCUACAGCGGCUCCACCAGAAACGGCAUCACCUCCAAGCAAUACAGUGGAGAUUAUUCUGUGUCCUUCGAGUUCGCUGAUGGAGAGCUGCGGUGUCCUGGGACGGACUGGUACGAGUUUGGGGAAUUCUGCUAUAAGCCCGUUGAUGAGAAGAAGACGUGGCACGUGGCUCGCUCUGAGUGCAGGAAGCUGGGGGCAGACCUGGUGUCCAUCAUGUCCCUCACAGAGCAGAGCUGGCUGGAGAGCUACCUGUACCUGGCCACCAAUGAUGUUUGGAUCGGGCUGAAUGAUCUAGACUUCUCCGGCUACUUCGUCUGGUCAGACCACCAUGAGGUCACUUUCACAUACUGGUCACCUGGAGAACCAAACAACCACCUGGGCUUUGACGAGAACUGUGUGGAGAUGUACUAUCAGACUGGCAGAUGGAACGACGUCACCUGCACUGAAUUGAACACGUUCAUCUGCAAAAUGGCUAAAGGUCAUUACGCACUACCCUCCAUCAAACCCACAGUGUAUGGCUGCCCACAGGGCUGGGAUGCGUUCGAGUACUCCUGUUACUGGUUCGAGGAGACUGCGAUGACCCGCGCUGAGGCCAAGAGCUUCUGUGAGGCCAAAGAUAAAGACAGCACUCUGCUGCACAUCCUGGACGUGUACGAGCAGGCUCACUUCACCGCACGCAUGGGCAGCUACUCUGGUGACUGGUGGAUCGGUCUGAGAGCGAAGGGGGAAACAGUUGGAGUGGAUUAUCACUGGGACAGUGGAGAUCUGAUGAUCUACUCUCACUGGGGCCGCGACCAGCCCAAUAGCCAUGCUGGCCCCUGUGUCACCAUGACAACCUCACCUACCCCGGGGUUCUGGGGGAACAGGAACUGUGAGGAGUCCCACCCUUUCAUCUGCGAAAUUCCUAGAGACGAUAUCUCCCCGCCCACUAAGGCCCCGACUCCGCCCCCUGUGGCAGGAUGUGCUGAAGGCUGGAGUGGACAGUCUCACUUCAGAUACUGUUACAGGCUCUUCACGGUGGACUAUGCGUAUAAGAAGAGCUGGCAGGGGGCGCGCGAGGACUGUGUGGCGCGGGGCGCUGACCUGGUCAGCAUCCACUCAGGCGAGGAGGAGAUAUUCAUGGCCGAGUACACCAAGGGCAAGACACAGUGGAUCGGCUUGAGCAAAAACCCGCUGGAAGGAGAUUAUUCCUGGAGUGAUGGUUCUCCGCUCAGUCACACUAACUGGGGUCCCGGGGAACCAAAUGACCACAGCGGCCGGGAGAACUGUGUGGAGAUGGUCACCACUCAGAAUGGCACGUCUUUCUGGAAUGACAUCAACUGUGAUGCCCAUCAGGACUGGGUCUGCAUGAUCGCCAAGGGCAAGACCCCCGUCGAGCCCCCAGUGCCCCCUUCAGCUGUGCCAGCUCCGGACUGCGGGAGUAACCCCGGCUGGAGGAAGCACAACGACGUCUGUUAUUACUACAACGACACCGACGUGGUGGACUUCUACACAGCGCUGAGCCGGUGCUACACUGAAAAGGCUCUGCUGGCCUCCAUCCUGGACCAGGAGGAGCAGACCUACAUCAUCUCUAUGGUGGGAACAGGUCAGGUGGAGGCUGCCUGGAUCGGGAUGCGGAUGUUCGGGGCAACGGGAGGAGAGUAUCUGUGGGUGGAUCUGUCUCCUGUGACGUAUGUUCACUGGGCGCCAGGAGAGCCCAACAACGCCAACGGGGAGGAGCAGUGCGUACAGAUGAACAGAUAUCCAGGUAGAGUGUCCCACGGACAGAGUCAGGCACAUGGAACGACGCUAACUGCGGCCGAGCCAACGCGGGCUACGUUUGUAAGAAACUGCCGGGAGACCACCACACUCCCCCCCCCUCCGACCCCCGCGUGGGAAGGAAACUGCCCCGAGGGAUGGAUGCGCUUCCAUAACAAGUGCUACUUGUUCAAAGGGAGUCACCACCAGAACGAGGUGAAGGCCAACUGGACUUACGCUCGAGACUGGUGCCGGGCCCAGAACGGCCACCUCGCCAUCAUCGAUGACAUCAACGAGAACGACUUCGUGGCCAGUUAUCUGAGGGACCUGAUCCACCCCGUGUGGAUCGGACUGUCCGACACGCUUCACGAGGGCAAGUUUGCUUGGACUGAUGGAAGUCCGGUCCUGUUCACCAACUGGGCAGAGAAGGAGCCCAACAACAACGACGGCAAGGAGCACUGCGUGAGUGUGACCCAUAACCAUCUGGUGACGGGACGCUGGAACGAUGAGAACUGUGAGGAGGAGAGAGGCUGGGUUUGCUACAGGAACAAAGACAGCCAACUACCAGCCCCCCCCGCCACAACCAGCCCCUGCCCCUCCAACUACGUCUCUUGGUACAAGAACUGCUACAGGCUGGUGUCGGAGCCGAAGACGUGGGAGGAGGCGGAGGCGGUGUGUGUGAAGGAGGGAGGACACCUGGCCAGCGUGGACAUGAGCUACGACCAGGCCUUCAUCUCCGGGGCCAUCCAGCAGGCCAACACGGACGCCUGGAUUGGCCUCAGGCGCAAGGAGGACGGUGACACCUACCAGUGGUCAGACGGCUGGCCGGUGUUCUACACGCACUGGGGUCCGGGGGAGCCCACCAACCACAAAGGAGAGGGCUGCGUCAGCAUGCACGGCCGUUCACACUUCAUCCAGGGAACAUGGAACGACACGGCCUGCGACGCGGCCAAGCCGUACCUCUGCAAGAUCACAUUCGAAAGUCCUCCGCCGACCCCGGCUCCAGGUGAAGGGACCUGCCCGCCGGGCUUCUGGCAUUACGGGCGUUACUGCUACUUUGUGCAUAACGGAAGGGAGGGCUUCUCCUGGCCGGAGGCGCGGCACUACUGCCUGCUGGUCAAAGGCGCUGACCUGGCGUCCGUACACAGCCGAGCUGAGGUGGAGUUCAUCAGGAACAUCAACUACACCAAAUACCACAACGUGUGGCUCGGACUGACCAGAGACGCCUCAUACGGAUGGGGCUGGACAGACCUGAGCGCGCUGGCCUUCACAAACUGGGCUCCUGGCGAGCCGAACGAGGCCUUCCACGAAUUUGGCCAGGAGGACUGCGUGGAGAUGUACGAGGAUGGAACGUGGAACGACAACAACUGCUUCCAGAAGAGAGGCUUCGCCUGCAAACUCCACCAGCAUUCUACAGGCGGAGAUGAUCACACUCGCCCGACGUCUGAUCCGGCUGCCGAGCAUGCGUCGGUGGUGGCCGGUGCAGUAAUCGGCGCGAUCCUGCUGGUGGUGCUGCUUUUGGGGAUUCUGUAUUACGUCUUCCGUGUGAAAGGAGUCAAACUGAGCGCCGCUGGUCUCCCUGGGAGAGACACCAAACACAUAGACGUGCCUGCUUUCAACAACCCGAACUUCGCAGGAGAGUCGGAGACAUGAAGAGGCGGACGAAGCCGCUCAGCUUGUACAGAUUCAGCGUUUAUGCUAAAGUAAAGAAGGUUAGACAGAAUU